AAUUUGAUUAUAGUUUGCCUUUCCGUUCAAAACUGCACAAUUCACAAGGUAUACUGAAAGUUUGCUUUGGAAUCGGACUGAAAGCUUGUUUUAAACUUUUUGAAUAUGAAACUGAAAAUAAAAUCACAAACAGCCUAAUGACGCUUUUAUAACAAAUGUAUUUGUACUUUUUGUUUUGUUUUUCUGGGGAAAAUGUUAUUCAGAAAUGUUUUUUUUCCUUUUUACCGACACAGUAAAGCAAUUUGCAUAGAAAUACAGUUUAUGUGUACCAUGGAGUGCAUACAGCCUGCAUGGUGUAAAAUGUUCCCCCUCAAUAAACAUACAAAAAGUCCUGGUGGGGGCAUGUGUUUUCUUAAUGUGUAGCCUGAGAGUAACCUGAGACCUGAUGUGAAGUUUAUUAUACAGAACAGAACAGUUAGUUUAUAAUAAAUAAAUGGAUGCCAUAAAAAAAAUUAACGUUCUUUUAAUUUAUCCUUUUUUUCUGUCUACACACGAAAAUACACUAGUUUUUGCGCAAUGCUGCGCACGGUACGCGCCGUUUUGACGUUAACCAAGACACCAAGCACCAUCGUCAGUAUUUCGGACUACAGUAGGCCUCGCCUUUACAGUACCUCAGUUUUCCUGUGCGUCGUUUACAGAUAUCGCGAGAGCGUCUUUCGGGGUGAGCAGCAGGCUGAGGGAGAGACGGGAGAGAAGGUAAGCGGAGGAGGUUUGCAUCAUGGCGGACAGAGACAGCGGUAGUGAGCACGGAGGAUUCGCCACAGGCCCCGGCGGCGUCCAGAUGCACCAGGGUGCGAUGGGCGCUUCGUCGCGGCUGCAGCACGACACGGAGGAGCUGGCGUCGAAGCGCGUUGACAUACAGAACAAGCGCUUCUACCUGGACGUGAAGCAGAACGCCAAAGGCCGCUUUCUGAAGAUCGCCGAGGUCGGGGCUGCGGGAAACAAGAGUCGCCUGACCCUGUCCAUGUCCGUAGCCGUGGAGUUCCGAGACUACCUGGGCGACUUUAUCGAGCACUAUGCGCAGCUGGGCCCCAGCCACCCGGACACGGUGCAGGACGAGCCGCGGCGCGCGCUCAAGAGCGAGUUUCUGGUGCGCGAGAAUCGAAAGUACUACAUGGAUCUGAAGGAGAACCAGAGGGGGCGGUUUCUGAGAAUACGACAGACCGUGAAUCGGGGCCCCGGCUUGGGCACGGCGCAAGGCCAGACCAUCGCUCUCCCGGCGCAAGGGCUGAUCGAGUUCCGCGACGCUUUGGCCAAGCUCAUCGACGAUUACGGCGUGGACGAGGAGCCAGCUGAGCUGCCCGAGGGCACGUCGCUCACCGUGGACAACAAGCGCUUCUUCUUCGACGUGGGCUCGAACAAGUAUGGCGUGUUUAUGCGGGUCAGCGAAGUGAAGCCGACCUACCGCAAUUCCAUCACGGUGCCCUGCAAAGUGUGGUCCAAAUUCGGCUCCACGUUCAGCAAGUACGCGGACGAAAUGAAGAAGAUACAGGAGAGGAGCAGGGAGCGCAGGGCGCGCGAGCUCUUACCGGAGGGCCUGCACGGCGAUGACGGGGAAGAGGAUUAAUUUACGGGACGCUGAAAAGGCGAGGACGAAAUAUACUUUCGCUGACAGAAAACAAGCGGUGAAACGACCAUAGUAGAAAAAAAAAGCUUAUUAACUGGAAAUGGGGGUGGUGGGGGGGAGGGAGGGGAGGAGGCGCGAUGUGAGAUUUCAAUCGGAUCGUCAUCCAGGCAACAUUCACAAAUUUUUGCAGUUGCAUCACUCCGUUCAUCGACCCGGUUAUGAUCCACUUACUCAACCAUAUAACAGUAAUCCGCUGCUAUCGAUAACACGAUCCACGAACUGUGUCCGAGACGGUCAGAAUGUCAUAAAGUCGGCGUGUGUUUGUUUGCCCAUGCGUUUUUGUACACGUCCAAGCUAUUAUACGGUACUGGUCCAAAGUGCAACGUGAGAAAAAAAGGAAAACAACAAAAAAUGCUAAGACUUUAUAGCACAAAGCUACUGUAUUUAGGAAAUAUGUGAACCAAAUUAUAUAUAUAUAUAUAUAUAUAUAUAU